AUCCUGGAAAAUAAACUAUCAAUCACAUUGAGAUCCUCUUGGCUUCUAUCACUUUUUCAUCGGUGAGGUUCUUACUGAGAGAAGGGAGGGAGAGUUAUAUUUAGAAUUAAUUUAGAUCCUGAAUUAAUUCAAACAGGUUUCUAUCAAUUGGUAUCAGAGCGCUCGUUACUCGAUCCCGAUGGUGAUUACCCGUUCAAACGCUGCCCACGGUGAGGAAGGUGGAUCCAGCGAGCAAUCAGCACACGAAGUUACUCCCCAGAACGACACUCUAGCACAAAUCGCUGCCAAGCUUUCUGUGUUAGAUGACCUUAAGGCAGAAGUGACUGCCCUAAAAGUGCAGACUAGAAGUAAUUCUGGGAAGGCAAAGAUGAGGCAGUAUACGGAUGAUUCUGGCGAUGAAAACGAUCACCACCGCCGGUUUCCCAGAUCCAAAGUUGAGUUCCCUAAAUUCAGCGGCGGAGAUCCACGGGGCUGGGUGUUGAAGGCUGAAAAGUACUUUCGUUACUAUGGAACAUCAGAAGAAGAUAAGGUUGAGAUAGCUGCCAUGCACCCGGAAGGUGACGCUCUCGACUUGUUCUCCUGGAUUAGUGCUGAAAGGACGCUCUUGUACUGGGAGGAAUUCAUCAAAAUCAUUGAGGAGCAUUAUGAACCGCCAGAAUACUUGAACCCAGACGAACACUUUGUCUUAAUCAAACAAACUGGCUCCGUACAGGACUAUCGUCAAGAGUGGGCGAGAAGGGUUGCUCGAGUCCAAAACUGGCCUGACCAUUGUCUCUUGGGUGUCUUUAUUGCUGGUUUGAGAGAGGAUUUGAGGUCGGAGGUCAAAAUCCACAAACCCAAAUCUGUGUUCAGGGCUUCUAGUCUAGCCCUUGAGUUUGAGAAACGGAAUGCACCUGUGCAUUUCAAGACAAGUUCUAUGGGAUCAGCCACUUGCACUCUCAGGAUCUUGAAGCUCAACACCAGCCUUGCCCGUUACAAGAUUUAGUAGGGACGAGUCGAUGAAGCAGCAACGCAGGGAUAAGAACUUUGCUAUCGGUGUGGCGAUCCCUUUAGGCCGGGUCACUGUUGUUCGACUUAAUCCACUACCUUCUCCUUGAUGGAAGUUGAUGAGGAAGGUAACCCAAUGAAUCCCAAGCAUGUUCCCAUUGAUGGGGAGGCAAAAGAGGAGGAAGCGUCCUUUAAUGCAAUUCUGGGAACGCCAACGUCCGCCACAAUGAAAUUAAGUGGAAAAUUACAUGGACAUGAAGUUCUUUUGUUAAUUGAUAGUGGUUCAACACACAACUUCAUCUCUGAAAAACUUGUGGAGCAACUUAAGCUACCUGUUUCCUCUGUUCAGACAUUUGGGGUACAGGUAGGAGACAGUUUUAUUAUUCAAUAUGAUCAGAUUUGCAAGUCCAUUUCAGUUAAGCUUCCAGGUUUGACUCUUACACAAUAUUUUUACCCAUUCCCACUAGUUCCUUCUGGCAUGGUCCUUGAAAUCAAAUGGUUAGCCUCUCUGAAUACCAUUCAAGCAAACUGGAAUGAAAUGUUUCUGAUUUUUUGGGUUGACGGGAAGCGAUAUAAAUUACAAGGCAUCUCGAAAGUUGACCAAAGCAGUAGAUUAAGUUCAAUGGUGUGUCGUGAGCUGCAGUUAGGAGUAGAGGAAGAAUCUCCUUUGAAUCUCAAUCCAGACUUCCACCAUGAGCACAAGGUGUCUUUCAGAGAGGGGAGUAAUGAUAAGAUCCGGACCAUUGAUAGUAGAAGGCCACCUUAAUUAUAUUAUUAGGUGUGGGUUAAUUAAGUCUGUUACUAUUUUUUAUUUAUUGAAUAAAAGGACUCUCAGGUUAUUACCUGAGGCCCUAUGAUAGCUUAGCUAGUUAGAACUUAUCACUUUAUUCUCUUGAUCUUAUCCGGUCAGUUUGAUCUUAUCCAUUUGUUAGAGUUGUUAUAAAUAUCCCAGCUUCUCUAUUGCUGAGAUAUUCUGGAAAAUAAACUAUCAAUCACAUUGAGAUCCUCUUGGCUUCUAUCACUUUUUCAUCGGUGCACAUAGCUGCAGCGGAGUGUCUUGUUGAAAUAACAGAUGUGGUAGCUUAUGCUUCUCCAGAGGUGCAGCUGAGUGAAACCGGAUUCAUCCCCGAGCUUUUGCAAGUGAUUGAGAUGGAAAAAAAUGAGCUGGCCAAGUCUUCCUUGAAGAAGUGUAUGGAUAACCUACAGACUCUUCAGAAAAAGCAAAUGAUAUUUCAAGAAAGGAUUUGAUUGUUAUCGCAGUUGGACGGAUCGAUCAUCAAGCUCUUUAAAUUCUAACAUGGAGCCUCGUGACUUGUACGUUUAGCUUGUGGAGAUACCAUUGCUUCAUAGGCUUAGCCGGCAAAGAACCCAUGUCAUAUGCCUUAACUCAAUGUCUAGGAAGUAAGGGAGGGUGGUUGAGUAUGUUUUUUGAGGUGAUUUUCAAAGAUGAUUAAAUAAAGUAUAGACGAAUAACAGAUCAGGACAGGCUUAAAAUGCACUGUCGUAUCAGAUUGCAAGGGUACCUCUAAUAAUGAAUUGUUGUUUCGGAA